GGCGCCGCCCGCGGUGCCCCGGAAACAGCGGCGGGCCCGGCAUGGCGGAGGCGGGGGACGCGGCCGCGCUGGCCUGGAUGGACCAGGCGCUCGACGUGGCCAAAGAGGCGCUGGAGAAAGGGGAGGUUCCCGUGGGCUGCCUGCUGGUCUACGACGGCGAGGUGAUAGGCAGGGGCAGGAACGAGGUGAACGAGACGAAGAACGCUACUCGACAUGCAGAAAUGGUGGCAAUCGACCAGGUCCUUGACUGGUGCAAGCAACACCAGAGGGAUUAUAGGGAAGUGUUUCCACAGCUGGUGUUGUAUGUAACUGUAGAGCCCUGUAUCAUGUGUGCAGCUGCCCUGCGCUUGAUGAAAAUUCCACGGGUCGUGUAUGGCUGUCGAAAUGAGCGAUUUGGAGGCUGUGGCUCCGUUUUGAGCAUCUCGUCUGAUGCUAUGGUGGACUCAGGAGACCCAUUUGAAUGCUCUUCUGGCUAUCGUGCUGAAGAAGCAGUGGAAUUGUUAAAAGCUUUCUACAGACAAGAAAAUCCCAAUGCACCAAAAUCAAAAGUACGGAAGAAGGAUCGUCGUCAGUAGCCCUACGCUGGUGGGACACAGAAACUUACCAAAACAUUAUAUGUGAAGGUUUCUUCACCAUGCUGCUUUUUUAAAAUGUGCAGUUCAAUCAAGCUAUGUUUAAUAUUAUGUACAGAGUUUUUACUAAUGGAAUACUUAGUAACUGUUUCUGUGUUUCUGUAUUUAUGAUUUCUUGUUAUCAUAGCAAAAAAAAAGAGUAAAUGGCUGUCUUUAGAAAGAGGGAAAUUGAUGGUUCAAGUCCACUUGUUUACAAACAGAUCCAUUAAAAUGGUGCUUUUGUACAGCACAUUCUAGAAUAUUUUUUCCUUCUGUAUGUGGAGAAGCAUCUUGCUUUUCAGUAGCAAAUGUUUGCUUAGGCAAGCAAGUAACUCUCUUGGAAGGUUGCAUUUUAAGUCCUUUACAGUCUGUGUGUGUAUAUUUAUUCAAAAGGCAUAUAAAGGAAUUGUACAGUCUUUGAAGACUUAGGACCAUUGCAAAUGUUUCCUCAUUUUUCCCUACCUUAGCACAAGCCAGAUUUUCAGAGGUAAUUUCUGAAAGCCACAUACCUGUGUAGACAGGGACGUACACACAAUCACAUGUCUGUUUGUGUGUGCUGUUGCUUAAUAAGGAUAAGCAGAUAUCACUUGGCUGCACAGCACCAUACAAAGUUGUGGAGAAACUCUUCACAGCUCAGUCCACUCCUCUUGUAUCAGUGUAAGAAAUACUUUCUUUAUAAGAAUCCACUAAGGAGUUCUCAGCUCCUAAAUUAUAGUAACCAAGAUAGGCAGAUGCAAGUAAAAACCAGGAAAUUAAGUUGGUAAUAACAUGAAUAAAAUAUAUUUAAGGUAUUUAUCUUUUCAUAGUGUUGGUUGGCUUUGUCAUUUCCGUGUACUUUGCUUGGCCAUGCAGUAAUUUAUAAUCCAGAAGAGGGCCUUCAAGUUCCACUAAUGAAUUAAGAAUACAAGUACAGUUCAAUCUUGAUUGUAUACCUCUUAGUGGAUACUUACAUGAAGGAUGAAAUUGUUUGCAUUUAUUUGUCUGUUAUUCAGAAAUUUGAGAAAUGCCAUAGCUUUUUUUUACUUUGUGUAGAAGUGUGUUCAAAGUUUUUUAACUAUAAAAUCUGAAUACAUUUAAAAUUUUUAGAUAUUUCAAAUAAAUAUUUUCAAAACUGUUUUUUAAAAGAAUAUUAAAAGCAUUACUUUGUGACCAUU